AUGGCUGACGUGAAGAAAGCUUGCUUGGAGUCCUUGAAAGUCGUGCCACUAGGGAAGACACCAGCGGAGACACAACAUGGCACAGACUUCUAUAAGUACUUGUUCGGACAUCACCCCGAUCUUCGCAAGUACUUCAAAGGUGCUGAGAACUUCACUCCUGACGACGUGCAGAAAAGUGAAAGAUUUGCUAAACAGGGCACCGCUUUGGUGAUGUCUGUACAUAUCUUUGCAAACCUCUACGACAAUGACAUGGUGUUUCGCGGAUUCUGUCGUGAUCUAAUGAACAGACAUGUUGAGAGGAAAUUGGAUCCUGCCUUGUGGAAGGCGUUCUGGGGUAUCUGGACUGCAUUCCUGGAAAGCAAAGGAGCCUCUCUGAGCGGAGAUCAAAAGGCCGCAUGGGAGAAGCUGGGAACCACAUUCAACGAGGAAUGCCAGCAGCACCUCGCCAAGCUUGGACUGCCGCACACCCACUGCGCUCUACUUCAUAGUUCUUCCUCCGCAUUACUUCUUUGCCUCAAUAGCAAGUACGGCACUUCUAUCACCGUUCUGAUUCUCCAUCUCUUCUGUUUCAGAAUGGCUGACGUGAAAAAAGCGUGCAUGGCGUCUUUAUCGGUGGUGCCACUCGGUAAAACACCGGCGGAGAUCCAAAACGGCACAGACUUCUAUAAAUACUUGUUUGGUCAUCAUCAAGAUCUCCGAAAAUACUUCAAGGGCGCUGAGAACUUCACUCCAGACGACGUUCAAAAAAGUGACAGAUUCGCAAAGCAAGGCACCGCUCUACUGAUGACUGUCCAUAUCUUUGCAAACACCUACGACAAUGAGAUGGUAUUCCGCUCACUUUGCCGCGAUUUAAUGGACAGGCACGUUGGCAGAAAUGUCGACCCCGCUUUGUGGAAGGGUUUCUGGGGCAUUUGGAUUGCAUUCCUAGAGAGCAAAGGAGCCACUCUGAGCGGAGAUCAGAAAGGCCGCAUGGGAGAAGCUGGGAGCCACUUUCAACGAGGAGUGCCAGCAGCACCUUGCCAAACUUGGACUUCCCCACACGUAAAUAGGACCUUGAACAUCUUCAUUUAA